UCUUUGCACAUCAUCUUACCGGACCCUGGUUGCAAAGCUGACAGGCUGAUACAAGCAGCAAAAUAGAUGGAAAGCAGGAUGGCAUCUGAAGACUAUUCUGAAGCUGCUGGUCCCGCUGCACCUUGCCAGAUUAUCGGGCUGGAUAAGGAUUCUAAAUUGAUUGUGUAUGAGGAAGGACUAAAAAGAUGCUUGGAACAGAAGAGUGUUUCGGAUUGUGCAGUGUGUUUCAUCUCUGUCAUUGGAGAACAGCGUAAAGGGAAAUCCUUCCUACUGAAUUAUAUCCUCCGCCAGCUGAAAAACCUGGGUGACACAAAUGAUUCCUGGAUGGAAAGAGACAGUGAGCCUUUAAAAGGAUUUGACUGGAGACCUGGAGUAAAUAGUACCACCAAAGGGCUGUGGAUGUGGGAUAAACCAUUUCUAGCUGAACCAUAUGGUCAGAAGAUUGCCAUUUUCCUGGUGGACACACAAGGAUCUUUGGAUAUAGAGCAUGACAAGGAAGCCAAUGUGAAGCUGUCCGCCUUUAGCAUGCUGAUGAGUUCCUAUCUGAUAUACAAUGUGCAUAUAAUGUUGAAGGAAACAGAACUGGAGUACCUGGAGAUGUUUCUCCACGUGGCAGAAGGGGUUGGGAAAGCCUUCUCACUGCAGACUGUCCAGCACCUAGAAAUUUUAGUGCGUGACCAUUUUUAUCCAGCAGAAUUUGGCUCAGGACCCGGUCAGAAGUACCUCAGACAUGUUACAAAGAAACCUGAGUUGUCACGCAGGUACAAAAGAAGUGUAGACCUGCUUCAGUCUAGAGCAAGCUGUUACCUCCUGCCAUUCCCAGGGAAGAAGAUUGCAUGCAGUGGUCAAGGAAGUUUAUCCGAGAUGGACAAAGACUUCAGAGAUUUUUUGAAGAAAUAUGUGCAUGAUGUUGUGACUUCCACCGUUCAGAGAUGCGUGAAGAGAGACAGCAAUGGUGCUAUUUUAACAUGCGGAAUUCUGUUUGGAAAAAUAAAGAAAUUUGCAGAAAUAAUGAAGACAACAGAGUAUGGCUUCUCUUCACCCCUAGAGAUGGCUAUUACUCUGAACAACACAGUGGAGCUGGAGAACUUCAGAAAACAGUUUUGCGAGACUCUCCAGCAAAAGGAAGAGAACACGGACAAUUUUGUCAAAACCUUGAAGACGCCGCCUAAAGAGAUGAAGGCAAACCUGGAACUGUGUGUUAAAAACCUUCUAGCUUUGUGUAAAAAUGAGCUUGAGGGAGAUGAGAAAAGAAAGCAGGAAGACCUUGACUUAUUGUUAGGACAGCUCCAGGAGGAUUUAGAGAAGUAUAUCUCUAAAUAUGCAAAGAAGUUCAAAACUAGUGCCAUCAAAGCUGGAGUUGCUGUGGGUGCAGUGGGGAUUGGCCUUGCUGGAGCUGCGAUAGGUGCUGGCGUGGCUGCUGGUGCAGUUCUCGCUACUGAAGCGGUCAUUCUUGGCAGUGAGGCUGCUACAGUAGCAGUCGGGGCAGUGGCUGGGACAAGCAGUUUUGCACUGGUAGGAGGAGGAGUCGGGGCCAAAGUAGGGAGCAUGUUUGGAGGAAAAAAAGAAAAAAAUCUGCAGAUGGCCACUGAGGAAACAGAAACAGAGGACGAAGAUUUUCUAGUCAACAUCCAGGAUACUGAGAAAGUGACUUUUCUGAGAAAACCACAUAAGAAAAAUAAAUAAAAAUAUUCUUUCUAUUUGCACUACACUAAAGUAACAUGUUUACUUGAAUUUAAUACAUUAAUAUAUUCAUGGUCCCUUUCCUACAAAGUGAUGGUACAGGGAAAUGCAGACCCUAGUUUCAGUAAAAGAAUCAAAACUAUUGUCUUACUUUAUAAAAUGUCUUGUUUCUUUCAUUUUGACUAUGAAGUUGAAGAUAUACGUGAAUAGAGCCGAUAUCCAGUAAGAACAUUGCAGCUGCUGGUAAAGAGAGAUCUCCAUGGUGUCUGUGGAUUCUGUUACACACCUUUAUCUUUGCAAAGUUUGUUCACAUUCGCAAAUUAUGACUAACAGAAUCAAAAAUAAUAACUAAAACAUUCACGUUGUUAGUGACUUUGGAAGAAGUAACAAAAUGGAAAAAAAUUAGAACUGGUUUGGUUUCUCCCUUUUGUAGGCAAUAGUGAGUACAUACCAGUGAUACAUCUAACUUUUUACAUUUUCCUGGUAUAUAUGUAUUUUUUAAGAAUGUGUAUUUGUAAAUUAGUUUACUUUUUUGUUGCAUUUUAAUUCUCCACAUGUAGGAAUUAUUUACAGUCUCUAAAAUGUAGUACUUGUCAAGUCAUGUAGUUGGUGGAUUGGACACUAAAUUGGCCAUUGUGUGUGUGCGUGUGUUUGUGUGCGUGUAGAAGUCUCUUGUGUCCCAGUACUGCAGGUACCAUUCCAGCAAUGUGCUCUAUCUUGCCAACACGAAGUCCAAAAAGAGAGGCUUCAGAAAAGCUGAACCAGCAGUAGCUGACAUCCCACAUCUCCCGGCUUUUGCCUUCACUGCCUGACAGGAAUAUGUGACUUCAUAGAUUCUUACUAGGCUAAUGACCCAGGGGGCUUUCCUAAGCCUAGCCAAGUUUUCCCGAAAGAAUAAUGAUGUCCUGUAUUCAAACAGGACACCGAUGGCCAGGCAUUUAUGCUACCUCUGUCCAUAAGGGACAUGGGUACCAGGGCUGGUGUAAAGUUCCUAUUCCCCAUCAGCUGGUCUAGGUUGCACUUAAACUGGGUAGUAGACAAGCUCAGCUUCACCUGAAUAGGAAGCAUGUUAAACAGGAGGGGUAGUUUCUGGGAGACAUAUCUGUCUCUCCAGCAUGUUUUAUUUAAGUCACGGACAAAAUUCAGGUCCUUAGACCUUGUAUUUCUGGUACUGUUUGACUUAUGAAUAUGUAGGAGAUUCAUAA